AUGUCCGCAAAAGCUACUACGAAACUAUCUAUCAAGCAUGCUCGCAAUCUUGGUGCGACCGAAGCUGCUAUAUUACCGCUGGACAACGGAAUUUGUAAGGAAGGUGCUGUUUCUACUAGCCAGAGGUUCGAUCAGAAGGUUAGUUCUAGCUCCACUCUUUGUUGAUUAGGUUCUAAUAGCAAGAAAUAGCGAGAGGCAUAUACUCUUCUUUCUUCAGAAAUCUCUAGGAAAGCAAGAACAAAUUGUUAUAUUCCGGUUGAUGAGGAAAUGGUUGUAUGCACCCAAUCAGACGUAAACCUAGGGCCAAAUAGCGCGGACCAUGGUGAGUGAACUCCUAGACUUUGUAAUCUAUCUUGCUAAUCUCAUUUUAAAGGGGGACUGCCAUAUAACCAUGAUACGGUGGACGUCCAAAGUGAGACAAAGUGCCAUGGGUCUUUGCCUAUCACAUUUGAAACCCCGUUGCCGCUCGAACUUUCCAAAGACAGUUUGCGUUCCACCCAAGUGCCUUUGGCACCAGCUACACAGCUAGAGCACGUACCUCAAAGCCUUUCUUCCAUCGCUGGGGCAAAGUUUGGCACGAUUCCAAGCCCAUCCACAUCAAAACCAAUCAUCACUACCUCUGGACCUCGAAGCAUAAUUUCUCUAAGCCUAUCUCAACAGUAUCCAAGACAUGCUUCACAGCAUGCGAAACACCAUCAUUCUACGACAAAAGAGCCUUGCUAUACUACUCAAUCUAUUGCAACUACUCUUCCAGGAGCCAAAUAUAGUCCACCCACGGUCUCUGAGUUAUUCCGGUGCGUUGGAAAAGUUCUCAUUCAUAACCAACCCCGGCCUAAUACAUGGAAUCUGCUGCAUGUGGAUUCCAUUAUGUUACGGAAUCUGACUGAAGUUUUCAUCCAUUUUCACAACUUUUAAGAACGGAUGGAAGCUUCUCUACACUCGGAUUUCGACUUAUUGACUCAGCUAUGGAACCGCUCUUACACGCACCUAUUAUUACUACUAUCUCGAGUAAUGAACAUUCCAAAUUCGAGGGCCUGAAAGAUUUCAUCUUUUCGCAUUUUGAGAUUUCUAUAAAAAAGAAUCCAACAUUGAAAGAUUUUAAGAUACUAGUAUACCCUGGAAUCAACAAAUUUUCCCUCUAUCCCGACAGCAAAAUUGUUUCCCUCCCAAUCUCUAGGAACAUUUUGUCGAAGCACAACUAUAAUAAGGUCGACUCGAACAAUUCUGUUGGUGUAGAAAACUUAUCUUUUAUAAGGAGUGCAGAAGCUACAAGUACAUCUACAAGUGCAGAGUCUUCUCGGCGAUCCACUACAAAAAAGUCUUGUGUAUAGUAGGAUCUAGCGAUGAGAACUUCAUAGGAAGGUUCCCUGAUCACUUUUCUACUCGCUCAAAUCAGAAAUAACACAGCCGAGGAUGAACAUAGCAAUUUGUUUAAGUUUACUAAAUUGACCAAAUUGACCAGAUUGACCAAAUUGACCAAAUCGACCACAUUGAUCUAAUUGACCAAAACCAAAUUGACUGUGAGCAAAAGGUUAAUCUCGCAUCGCUACGCAAUCAGAAAGACUCACCAACGUACAAUUUCAACUUCUUCUAGGGGUUUUGAUCCAACUACCCCAUCCAUCCUACCAAGAGAAUAUCCUAGCGGCGAUGGCUGCUUUGCACGGUGAUAGCAGAGGACCUGCGGUCAACAAGUUACGGAUGUAUUCUGACUGUUUGGUUUUCUACGACCAAUACUGUGAUUAUUUAAUGAACGU